GUUACGGGCGUCGCGGGUGCUGCUGGUGGGGCUGCGGGGGCUGGGGGCUGAGGUGGCCAAAAACCUCAUCCUGGCCGGGGUCAGGGGGGGGCUCACCCUGCUCGACCACCAACAGGUUUCCCAGGAUGAGUGUGGUGCCCAGUUCCUGAUCCCGGCGGGUUCCCAGGGUCGGAAUCGAGCGGAGGCGUCUCUGGCGCGGGCCCAGAGCCUCAAUCCCAUGGUGGAGGUCAAGGCUGAUCCCGACAGCGUCGACUCCAAACCUCAGGAAUUCUUCACCCAGUUUGAUGCAGUGUGCCUGACGUGCUGCUCCCGGGAAUCCAUGGUGAGGAUCGACCAGAUCUGCCACAAGAACGGGGUCAAGUUCUUCACCGGGGACGUUUUUGGCUACCACGGCUUCAUGUUCGCCAACCUGGGCCACCACGAGUUCGUCGAGGAGAAGCCCAAGGUGGCCAAAGGGAGUUCAGGGGUGGAGGAUGGACCCGAGGCCAAACGGGCCCGGCUGGACCCUGCCCAGACCACCAUGGUCAAAAAGGUCAGGGGGGGAUGAUUCCCAAGGGAUUGGGAAUGGGAAAAUGG